AUGGAAAAGGCUUGCGGGAACGAGGCAUGCAACAACACUUUCUUCAGCUCCAACAACAGAAAGAAAUUCUGCUCGGCCGCCUGCUACCCGUCAGUCAUCGCUACUGCAGCUGCCAAGCGUCUGGGCCGUGGCCAUAAAUCAGUCGUUCCAGCUCCAGCCGUUAGCCUACCAGCUGCCCCACCAAUCUACACCGAGUCUCCUUCCAGCUCUCCAGCUGCCAGAAGCCUCGACACAUCUUGGGCUCCAUCUCCGUCCGGCCGCCCUGCUACCACUCCUGGCCGCUCAUCGACGAAUGCCGCGACUUUCAUCCGCUGUCGUAGCACAGCCUGCUGUAACUACUUUUCUCGAACCUCGCGUAGCCGCCAGUACUGUUCGCUUCCAUGCCGGCCAUCUAGUUCUACCAGGCAACCGGCAGCUGCGCCGGCCAUCUCACCAACUUGGACAGACGCUUCGGCUCCUAGCACCACUCCGCUCUCACCUGCUCCUGCUCAGCUGGUGGCUGUUGAGACCCCGGAUGGAAAUCUUGCUUCAGGAGCCAGUGAUGACUCCUGGUCCCCACCACCGGAACGUCGCUCGCCGACCACGCUGGCCGAGGGCCGUCAGCACAGGAGGGGAAACAUCAACAACCAUGGCGUCACCAACAACUCGCCUCCAACAUCAUCAGCCGUUGCUCCUUCUUUGCUCCCGGUUUCACAAGCCGCCACUCUCGCUCUACCAGCCAAUCACAACCUCACCAGCGUUGAGAGGGAACUCUCUGAUGACCCAUCUCCUCUUUUAACAACACAACGGGCUCUCGACGCAACCGGUUGGGCUGCCUAUCCAGUGGAGCCUCCGACCUCAACACAAGUUUCUGACACCAACCUCUCUGGGGACGCUUCACUCCGCUGCAAUCAACCAUCUCGGAGUGCUGGAAUCGUGAUCACUAUGCCACUUGAUAGCGAAACGGAAUCGGAUGGGAGCGACGACGAUGCGGAGGAGACCGUCGAUUCCACCUUAUCUCCAGCUGAGGCUUUCUUUAACCUUUGGGCCCCGGUUUUCUUACGCUGCUCCAACCGUGAGGAUAUGGAUCUGGCGACAGAAAGCUGCGCUGCCGACUGGCAUCGACUCACUAAAAAGUCGGAUGAUCUUACUGCCAGCCGAAAGCAAGUGGUUCAGGAGCGAUCACCGAACAACAACACCAAGAAGAAGGAAGAGGCCGGCCGAAUCCAAGCCCUUUUCAAGCGAUUCCCGAAACGAGCUGUGCGGAAGGUGCUGGGCGAGACCUCCCAGGCCUACACCGGCACUGUUGAGGCUGCCACUGACUUCUUGAAGGGUGCAUAUGAACAGCCCCGCCCGUCCGAGGCAGCAGUACUUGAAGCGAGGCGGGUGUACGAUGGAUGCAGCUGGGCUAAUCCAUCUGAGGAAGAGCUCGAACAUCUUGCCAGCCCACCAGCAAGAUCUGAGAUUGCCAGGAAACUCAAAAGAGCCUCAAACACGGCCCCAGGAGCGGACGGAGUCGAGUACAAGGACAUCUCCCGUCUGGAUCCGGAAUGUCGCCUGCUGGAGGUCCUUUAUGCCGCAGUGUGGCGCCUUGGUGUACCGAAGUGCUGGAAAUCGGCCCGAACCAUCCCGAUCUUCAAGAAAGGGUCGACUGAAGACUACAGCAACUUCCGGCCCAUCUCACUCCUCUCAACGCUGUACAAGCUCUUCUCCGGAUGCAUUGCCUCCCGGAUCACCACAGUGGCCAGCGGCAACGAGUGGCUUUCACCAGAGCAGAAAGGUUUCCUCCCGGGGGUGCACGGAAUACAGGAGCACACAAUGCUGCUCGAGAGUGCCAUCGAGGAGGCCAAGUCCCAGAAAAGAAACUUAACAAUCUGCUGGCUGGACUUGGCCAAUGCCUUUGGAUCACUUCCUCACGACUACCUCAACCAACUCUUCUGCAGUCUUCCAGUCCCUCCGGCCUUAAGGAGCAUCCUUACCGACAUCUACCAACAUAACGAGUUCCAUUUCGUUGUCGGCAAGGAGCUGGUGAUGGUGAGACCGACAUCCGGAGUCCGCCAAGGCGAUGGGCUUAGCUCCAUAAUUUUUAAUCUUGCAGCGGAGCCUCUAGUCCGCCGGGCCAAGGCGAACUCCCAUGGAUUCCAGCUCUUCAAUACUCGCCUGAAAUCCACUUCCUAUGCUGACGACAUCUCUGCGGCCGACUCCGACACUACCAGCCUACAAUCGACUAUCGAUGGAAUGAAUUCGACAGCCUCAAUUCUCGGUCUCCGCUUCAAUGCCAAGAAGUGCUCUUCUCUCACCAUUACCAACGGGAGAGCCAGCACGUCCACUAAGCUCUCCAUCAACGGUGUCCAGAUUCGGGCACUGGAUGUAGGGGAGUAUGAAAAUUAUCUUGGCGUCCCUAUGGGAACUAAGCUCACCUUCAGACCAGCCACAGACCUCCGUGAGAAGCUGGUCAAGAUUGCGGACUCCCUGCUGGCUCCUUGGCAGAAGCUGGAGGGCCGUUCAACUGUUGGACAGCAAAGAUCAAGUUGUCCGUCUCGUUGCCAGAGCCCAACUUGA